AUGCUCGACAUCCUUGCGCUUCCAGGCACAGCAGGCAAAUCCAGAUGUCCCGCACGGUCUACAGAGAUUCUGCACACGUUAUUUGUCGACACCAGGGCGUUCCGAGGUGCCUCGAUGUGGGCGGAUAAGCAUUCGAACCCAUCGACUGGGCCUCAGGAGGCUGCGCCAAGACCAUCGGCCCAGGGGUUAUGA